AUGAAACAUUUACUUAGACAAUUCAUAGUAAACUUCGACGCAGCACAAUCAACAUCAAUAUCAACAUCAAUGGAUAAAGAAUAUUAUCGACAAGUACCAUACCGAUUUUUUAAUAAUGAAUCAAAUACAGAUGCGUGUAAAUUGGAAAAACUAACUAAUUUAUUUCCUGAUAUGAAAGCAAUUAUCGAAUUAGAAUUAUUUAAAAUGAAUAAUUUAACACAGACAAUCGAUCGUCUUUCACGUAUAUAUACAGUUUUAACAGCUCUUGAUACUCGUGAUGAUACACUACAUUUAUUUCUUGGUCCAUAUCAUCUAUCACUUGGUCCAGCAUUAUUUGCAGCACUUCAUUUUAAAAAUGCUUCAGCAGCAUUACUUACAACAUCACGUCCAACAAUAUCAGGUAAUAGUGAAAGUCAACGACGUAAACGUCGACAUGAAAUUGUACUUCGGCGAUUUCGACGUGCUGUACGAAAAUUAACUCUUGUUAAAUCAAUUAUUGGUCAACUUCGAUCAGCUUCGAUUCUUACACCAUACAAUCAAUAUGAAUUAUAUACACAAGGAAUUUAUGAUCUUGUUUUAGCUGGACAUGAACAAUGUUCUAAUUCAACAUUUAUUAAUGAUAAUUUUCUUGAACAAUUACAAAAUUUUGAUUUAGUAACAAGUGCUGGAGAACGAAGUCCUUUACUUGCAUCAAAUUAUGUUAAAAUUAAUAAUAUACUUAGUCUAUUGUCGUCACCUCUACCACAACAAACACCACUAGUAGAUAAUAAUAAGACAAUGGCAACUGGUAAAUUGAUGCGAUUUGCAUCACAUGAAUCAAUUACAAAUGCAGCAACUAAUAAUGAUCCUACUGCUUUAAUAAAUUCUUCAACAAUAUGUUGUCCAGCUCAUGAUCCAGCACAACCUUAUAUUACGUUGCCUGCUCGUUCAGCAAUGAGUCCGCAACCUAAUCAAAUGUUACCAUCUGAAAAUCGUUCAAGACAUAACAGUAGUACUGUUUUACUUAAAACGCCAUCUACUUUUUCAAGACAAAGUACGGUCAAUAGUUUGCCUGAAUCAACGACUGGUGAUGGUUCCAAUUCAGAUCAACCAACAUCCAAAUCAUUAUUGGCGUCAGCACAAUCAAAUCCCGUAGAAACCGAAUUAGAUACACCAACAAAGUUAAUAAUACAACAUCCUUUUGCUUCAUCGCCCCUUCUGUCAUCAUCGCCGAUCAUUAAUGAAGACGACGCCCUCAUUAAUCGUAUUUCAUCUCUUUUAACAAGCCACUUGUUAUCUCGCCAAUUAACAUCUACAACAUCGAUAACGCCUAAUAUUAUUUAUGAACACGAGACCAAUUCAAAUUUAAGCGAUAGCGCUAUUUCUCUUUCAACUGGUGGCACAACAGGAGGAAUUAGUAGUGCUGUUACGUAUAAUCAAUCGUCACCAUCAAUUGACGCCAACGACAUUGAUAAACUUUUACAACGUAUUAAGACAGCUGUUGAUAACAGAUUGUCAAUUGAAAUUAGUAGUAAUAAUAGAAUGCGUCAACCAAAAUAUAUCCACCGAAAUUUGUCAUCAAGUCCUGUAAGAACAGCAACAAUUAAUCGUCGUCAACAACUACUUGCAUUACAUGCUGUAUCAUGUCAAGAAAGUCACACAGAUGAUUAUGAUGUAGAACAUUCUACAUCGUCUAAUAAGAAACAUAAAUUGGAUUUUUCAUCCAAAUCUCAAUCCUUCGAUGUGACCACCUUAAUAUAA